UGUGUUAGCUAGCCACCCUACCUGUGUUUCUGUGUCACUGAAAUGCUAGACUUCACCACCAACCGACGGUGUGUUCGUUUGUUCCAUAGAGUUAUAUAUACUCUCUGGUUAUACGGACAGUACGGGUAGCCGUCCAUCCACCCAUCCAUGAUCAACAACAGCCUUAUCCCAGAGAACAUCUAUAUAACCAUCGCUUAUCCGUUACCUCCAGAGCUCUUCAUGUUUUGAGUUCGUCAACUGCAACAUGCUCUUGACGAUACAAAGCUAUAUCAAUGCGCACGAGCGGCGAUAAUAGGCUGCCAUGAGCUGCGUGGAGGCCGAUGUUACAAACGCUUCAACUGUCUGCUGCCAAAAUGAAUGCAGGUCGUGAAGAAGGCAUGUUGAGGCGGCGAAUUCUGCAGCCGGCGGUAUCUGCUGCGCUGAGGGCCAACGCCCGCAGAAGUCUGCCCAGGCGUCGCAAGACAUGGAUGCGCGUGCUGAGUUGUAUCGUUCUGCUUGUGUACGGCGCCUUUCCCGCUGCCAUUUACUUCUCUGGAUGGUUCAGAAGGUUCCUUAUCUUUGGUCAUUACCUAAAUUGGCCACCCAUGAUGAACUUGACGGACACGUGUGCCUAUGAGCUCCCUUACUCGAGGUCCUUCUUCCUGGAGUCAGCUAAUGGUGUUAUGCUUGGGACUUGGCACGUUGUGCCAAAGAGCCAGUGGAAACGCUUUGGUGCUGAUGUUAAACAAGAGUCUGAAUUUCAAGAUGACAGGCCAGUCAUCAUAUACUGUCAUGGCCAUGCAGAAACUCGUGCUACUGACUACAGAGUUCAGCUUUAUAAAAGGCUUUCAGAAAGUGCAAUUGAUGCCCAUGUGGUGACGUUUGAUUAUCGUGGCUUUGGAGACUCUACAAAUAUCAUGCCUAACCGCAGUGGUGUACUUGAGGAUUCGUUAGCUGUCUACAGAUGGGUUAAAGAAAGGGUGCCCAAGUCGAGGAUUAUUGUCUGGGGUCACUCUUUGGGCACAGGUGUUGUCAUGCAGCUGGCAGAGAUCUUCACUGAAACGAAUGACAAUCCUGCUGGCAUUGUACUAGAAGCACCAUUUAACAGUCUCGUGGAAGCUGCCCUGCAAUGGCCCCUGGGACUGCCCUUUCGACACUUGCCUCUAUUUAAUAGGAUUGCACAGUCACUGCUGCAUGAAGACACAAACUUUGAGUCAGAGCAAAAGGCUAGCAAGCUGAGUGCCCCUGUUCUGGUCAUGCAUUCCAAAGAUGAUCCUCUCGUACCUUAUGACCUUGGUCAGAAACUGCUUUCUCGUAUUCGAGCUGAAAGGCCAGCCCAUCUGACAGCUCCUGUGUUUUAUGAGGUUGACAACAGUGUGGGGCCGGGGCAUCGACGAAUUUACAAGGACCCCAGGUUUCCAUUCGUGGUCUCUGCUUUUAUCCGAACUGUUAUGAACUCAUAGUUGAAACCUGUUAGGUUGCCAAGCUUGCAUCUGUAAGCCAAAGAUUUUGCUUAUUUAACAUUUAUUACCUAUAGGAUUUGCACACAAUGAACUGGAGCAAUCUUACUGAUCCUUUAUAAAUGCCAGUUGCCCUUUC